AUGCCGAGCUUCUUCUCUCGCCUGAAGGGCGCUGGAGGAGGCGCGAGGUUGAAGUCCAAGAAGGGUGGGCAUCUCGACCAGCUCACAGACCAGCUGCCCCCCAAGCCGCUCUGGGAAGAUGCCUAUACCAGAGUCAAUGUCGAGCCCGAGGAGAUUCAGGAGUUGAUCAGACGAUGCACCGAGGAGCUCAAGGCACGAGCCCUCGAUCAUCCAUUCCUGCUACUGCCUUUUCGCCCUACAUCCGAUCCUAGCGCCGUGCGCACCUUUAUUCGUCACUUCUUCGACAGCAGCCAUGGUCUCCGAGGAGAUGCACUGGCACAGGACCUUCGCAUGACCGAGCCAAUGGUUAUUGCAGGUGUGACAAAGUGGUGCUGGAGCAGACUUCAGGGGGGUGUAGUCGGAUGGGAUGCUUAUGAGCUGUUCAAAGUCGGCGAACAUGAUUCUAACAUGGCUCGGGAUUCUUUCAAAACAUUCAUUCCUCUAAGUGUCGACAACGGCGCGCGAUCAUGUAUUAUUUUCGACUUCUUCGAUCUCCUGGCAGCGAUUGCGGCUCACGGUAAAAUGAACGGUAUGGGUGGUCGCAAGCUCUCUCGGAUGGCUGCAUGGUGGGCGUUCGAACAGAAAGACACGGGUAGCGGCUUCGAGGGUGGUUAUAACGCAUGGCAAAAGGCUGCCGAUGCCACGAGCCACCUCUUCUUCGCCUACCUGAGGUCACUUGCCCCUCAAAAUACCCAUAGCACCAUCUCCAUGCUACCCAUGUCGCUGCAGAAACUCGUUCAGGAAACCGAAUACCCACCGCAGAAGCCAAUUCUGUUGCAAACUUCAACCAAUAAGGUGGUUAUGAUUGUUGACACAGUCUCGCCAACUCCCUUCGCGCUGUUGCGCCGCGCAAGUCACUUCCAGUUUCGCGACGAGGAUCGAGCUUUACAGGAAUUCUCCGAUUUUGAGGACCCUGUCCAGGCCCUUACAGAAGAAUGCCGCCGAGUGCUCAAGUCCAUCUCUUCGGCCAACCAGUCUCAAGUCUCGAGCGUAAAACAUUCUACCAGUCUCCGCGACGCCUCGUGGUCACGCUUUGAAGAUAUCGGCUUUGCAAGUGCGCUUGAGGAGGAAGACGACGAUGAAGAUGUCUCGGCUGCCAUCAGGAAACCCCAGGGCCUAAGAACGACUCCGCUGUCCGGAACUACCAACCUUGCACGACCGACUACUCCAUCCUGGGCGGACUUCCUCUCGUCUGGCUUUGUGGAUGAGAAGGUGAAUAGCCAAGCCAGCCAUUUGCUCCCGCCGGACAAGGUCCUUCCGCCGAUUGAGACGACUGUUCGACAAAAAAGUUCUCAGUCACACAGGCCUCGACUGGAAUCCGAUCGCGAGCUCGAGCCUGGCGAACUCGCCAGCAUCAUUCGGAUUGAUCUGGACGACGCUUUCUGGUGGGUUUGGAUGAGCAGCCUCGCCCCCGAAGAGACCUCCGACAGAAAAUCCGCAUUUGGCCGCUGUGCCGUCAUCGAGACGGUGAUCAAGUCGGGCCGAUGGCUCGUCAUGGAGGAAAUGGUAGUAGGCGCAGCACCCGAACCUCAGGAAGGUGCCUAUAUUGCCGAGAAGAAGGGGUUCUUCAGCUGGACGAGACGCAACAAAGGGGUCAACCGCCGCAAGUCAACAGGCAAACAAGCGCUGGACAAAAAUAGGCUUGAUCAGAAUUACCUGGGCGCAAGCAAAACCAGCAUUGGGCCUGAUCAGCAAGCCCGUAUCGCGGCCGCAGCUGCCCAGUUACAGGCCCGGCAAAAUCAAGAGCAACAGGCCCGGCAACAGGAACAGGGGCAUCCGGAGCGUAGAGGUCGUGCAGACACCGAUCUGAUGAAAGACAAGACCAAUAGUGUACUGACACUGCAGCCUGUCAUCAUGAAAGAGGCGUCGCCGGCUAUGAAGUGGGCGAGCAAGUACGACAAGGAUGCCAUUCGGGAGGCGUACCUGGCCAACUCCGACGCCGGCCGUGGCGUGAGUAUGUCGGGAUUUCCCCGCAACGGCAGCAGCACGCACUUGGCACAUAAUGGCCACUCCCCCGGCUAUGAACACCAGCCCCAAGUGCCCCCGAAGGCGUCUCCUGUCCCCUCUCAAACAGUGCCUGUCGCGCAACCGGCGGCGACGGCAGCAGCCAGCACCCAAAAGGUUGAGGACGCUAUUGAAGAACCUCGGAUUUCGGCAAAGGAGGUGGAGGCGCCGCAAGAUCCCCAUCCAUCCGACCGACAAGACGCUGCCGAGGACGGUCCCGUACCGCCAGCCAAGGAUCCCGUAGAGCCGGCACGCGGUGGCAUGGCUUCCCCAGAGCCUGACGACAGCCAUGACAUCAAGAUGCAAAAGAAGCUCCAGAAGGAGAACAAGGCCGGUGGCUUCAGAAAACUCUUUAGCCGCAGAAAUCGAAGCUCGAAGCUGCCGGAAAAUGCAUCCGCCGACCUUCAAAGCAUGCUCGAGCAGCACUAUGACAGAUCAGCACAGGCGACUCCAGAGCCAGCCGCUGUGCCGGCGCCUGUGCCAGAAGUUUCCAAGCCGCUGCCACAGCCCCAGGCUGCGGCCGAGCCCGAACCAGAGUCGGCUGUUCCUUCGCCGCGUCCGGCCGAAGUACAAGCCCACGAAGAUGCUCAACAGACCCCGGGAGCCCCAGCAGUUGGCCGAACUCCGGAACAAUUUGGUGAUAACCUGUCGCGUGUGGACACGGAAGACGCCAACGAGGCCCACCGAGAAUUCUCCCGCUUCGAUCAGGGUCCUCUUGUCGACCAGCCUGCCUUUGUCCCUGCGGAUGAUGAUUCCGACGAUGCGGUGCCGCCGCCGAUCGCCCGCCGCGUUCCUGAGGCGGAUGCUCCCGUGGCGCCGGAGCCUAAGCCUGAACGGCACCUGUUGAAGAAAGUGCCAACCCCGGCUGCGGAACCCCCCAAGCCGCAGCUCACCCCUGCGCAGGAUCGAUGGGCCCAAAUCCGGAAGAACGCUGCAGAGCGGGCUGCCCAGCGGCAGAAUGAUAUGGCCGCCGGUAGAACUCUGAGCAAGACGACUAGUACAACAGAUGGCGAUGAUGAAACUAGUGGCGAAGAGACAAUCGAAUCGCGUGUCGCCCGCAUCAAGGCUCGUGUUGCAGAGCUGACUGGUAACAUGGAGGGCAGCACUAGCCCUGCGCCUGCUGGCCCAGGUCAAAUACAGUGA